AUGACCCUCACUCAAGAACUGUGGAGCGCAGGCGCAAUCGCGCUCAUUUCCCACUGGGCCUUUUUCCGCCGCGGGGAACAUGACCGAGCUGCUGCCAAUAUCGUGCGCGUGCACCUGCUGGUCUGCGGCGUCGUCGUCUUCCAGAAAUGCAGACUCGCAGAGCUGCCUUACAGAGUAGCACUACAGGAGACGACCUUGCUCCUCGUGGUCUACACAGCCGCGCUAUUCGCGAGCAUUCUUCUCUACCGUCUUUUCUUCUCCCCUCUGCAUCAUAUCAAAGGACCUCUUGCGCUGCGUUUGAGCAAAUUAACCCACGUGUGGAAGCAAGCGCGAACUCAAAAUUACGACGUCUUGCACGGGCUCCGCGACACUUACGGAGAUGUUGUGCGCACUGGCCCUAGCGAGGUGACCCUCUUCGGCACCGAGGCAUUCUACCAAGUUCAUGGCAAAGGUUCACACUGUACCCGCGCCAGCUACUAUGACUUGCUGCAUCCAAUGAUUUCGCUGGCCACUGCUCGCGAUCCGGUCCUUCACGCUUACCGACGGAAGGUCUGGGAGCCAGCAUUCAGUAUCAGAGCAAUCGAGAGACUCGAACCUCUGAUAUACCAGAAAGCAGACCUGUUGGUCCGUCAGCUUCGGGACCAGCAGAAGAACGGCCCAGUCGAUAUCUCCACGUGGAUGGAGUAUUACACCUUCGAUCUGAUGGGGGAGUUCGGCCUCACGAUCAAGUUCGAGUGUCUCGAGAGAGCAGGGCCACAUCCGAUCCUGUCUCUGUUUCACAUGUCCCAUCGCAAGCUGGGUCCCUUGUCUCCAGCCCCAUGGAUGAGGCACCUGCUCAUGGGGAUUCCUGGAGUCAAACGGCUCAAACCCUACAAGCGGUUCAUGGACUGGGCGCAUGAUGAGCUGAACCGGAAUAUUCGCGAAGUAAGCACGGAACGAACGGAUAUCAUGAGGUGGAUUCUCGACGACGCCAAAGCGACGGACGGCAUCGAGGCCAACUGGCGCUAUCUGAUGGGCGAUCUCGUUCUCGUCAUGGCAGCGGGGAGUGAGCCCAUGUGCCAAAUCCUCUCGAACAUCAUGUACCACCUGAUCCAGCACCCCGAUCACCUGCAUCGCCUCCGCGACGAAUUGGCGACCAUCAACGUGCGCGACUACAAGGCCCUGCAGCACCUGACGCACCUGACGGCGUGUAUCUACGAGACCCUGCGCAUGAACCCUCCCGUGGCCUCGGCUGGGCUACGAGUCUCUCCCUAUGAAGGGAUGACGGUGUAUGGGAAGUUCAUUCCCGGCGGGACCACCAUCGCGGUUCCUCAGUACAGUCUCUGUCGAGACUCGAGGAAUUUCAAACAACCAGACAGUUGGAUUCCCGAGCGCUUCUCAACCCAGCCCCAUCUCAUCUUGGACAAGCAGGCCUUCACGCCGUGGAACAUUGGCGACUAUCAAUGUCCUGGAAAGAACCUAAGUCUCAUGGAGAUCCGAGUCGCGCUGGCCCUGAUCCUCACCGAGCUGGACUUUGAAUUUGCCCCCGGCGAGAACGGAAAAGGCCUCUUCACGGAGUCGCUGGAUUACUUCACGACGACUCCGGGGCCACUGCACUUGGUAUUCAGGUCUAGGGCGGGGGAAUCAUAG